GUGGAGUCACCCGGUCCAUUACAGGUCUACUCAUACCUCCAGUUCUAUAGUAUCAAUGGUCAGAGUGUCCUUCUGGUUUGCCGGUUCUUUGAUUGCGACACGAAGGCUGAGUAAUCCACCUUCAUUGUCUCCCUCGACCUAUCGGCUUUAGAACGGUGCCGACGAGAUGCGGGCUUCUCUUUCUCAAUUGGGCAAUAUCUUGCCCAUUCCCACGCUCUUCCGGCAAUUAGAGCAAGAAAUGGAAACUGUUAUCAAGGUGUUACAACCUGGACCCUUGGGAAUCAUCGAGCAUAAAUUCUCCGCUGAAGAAAUCCGCGAAGCAAACGCCACGGUUCGUAAAGCCGUCGAGAAUUGGCGGAGGAAUGCAAUUAUAGAGCACAGAAAUGGCAUUUUGAAAGAUUACAUUCACAGGUGAACAAUUAUCAUGCCGCUGUGUUCAUUUUCAGUUGAUGAUUGAGGAAGGAAUUUUGUAGAGAUACGUUAAAAAGUAAAACCUUUUUGGUUAGUGUUUAUUUCGGUAUGUAGACUUUGCUAUCAGUUAUGAAUAAAGUUAUUAAAUUUUCCUUUCA